AUGAAGAUCUCUGUCAUUGCCGGUGUGCUGCUGCUUUCUGCUGCCGUGAUCUCUCUGGAUUUUGUGAGAGAAGAAAAAACUCUGGCUGCAAAGUUUAUAAAUCAGCAUAUCAACGAGGAGAUGAACAAUAACGACUGCACCAAAGUGAUGAAUGACAGAGGAAUCACGGACUACAACGGCAACUGUAAGCUGAUGAAUACCUUCAUCGGGGCGCCUAUUGGAACCGUCAGAGACAUCUGUGGGACUGGAGGACAGAAAUACUUUAAUAAAAAGAAACCUGGCGUUCGUGAUCUCAGAAAAAGCCGAGCACCCUUUAACAUUGUUGUCUGCAGACUGAAGGAUGCUACUGCCGCUCCUUGUGAGUACGAGGGUGCAGCUUAUAACAGGCACAUUGUAGUCGCAUGCGAUGUUAAAGGAGAUCCUGUUCACUUUGAUAGGUUUCUGUCUUAUUAA